CUCUCAUACCCAUGUAGCUGACCGUCUCAACUUUUAUAGACACUUCAAACUUUCCUCCUUUGACCUACCCACCUCCAGGAGCGAUGCCUAGUUUUUCAGAAGAAAUCGCUGCUCAACUGACGCAUCACUUCGACCAACAACCACUCGCUGCCGAUACCCAGACCGUCCAGUCCUCCUCAAGCCUCGUUGCACCACUACCUUCCCUCAAACUUCCGAGUCUACCGUUACCCAAUACAUAUCAUAAUUCCAAUUCUUUCUCCAAGAUCGGCUCAGGCGAGCGUCCAUAUAGCCCUUUCUCAAGUUCAGCUUCGUUAUAUCAAAAAGACAUUGAACGGGGGCACGACUUGGAAAACUCCUUGCAGCCACACAGUGCCCGAAGUGAUUUUGCUGAAGCUAGACAAUCGAACUCAUCGAUGAGAUCCUCAGUGGAUCAGACUCAUGGAUGCUCUGUAUCCUCACCUGGAUCUGAAUUUUCGCACAAGUCUCAAAACCCAUUAACAAAUCCGAAACCCAGGUCAAAUACGCGCAUCCAAUCUAAAAGCAAAGCUCCCAGUGCCUACUCGAUUGGAUUGAUUGGGGUCACCUUUGUACAGUCUCUCGUCGUUGUGGCCAUUCUCGCCUUCGCGUGCCGCACUCUUCAAGAUUCGCGAUCAGAAAUCAGUAUCGUAUCUGCCUAUUUGAUCAUCUUUAUCAUUGCUGCAGCUUUGUCCUUCAUUUUGGUUUUGGACUCGAUCAUGUCGCAGGACGUAAUCCAGCUUAUUGCGCUUUGUGCAUUCAAUUUGUUCAUGACCUGCUAUGGUGCUGUAUUGCCCGUCCAGCUGUGGAAAGCGUUACAAGAGACCAAUAUUCCUGCUAUGAAAAAGCUUCAGGGUUGGUUGCAAGUGGUUCCGUGUGUCAUGGGCGCGUCUACGCUUCUGAUGACCAUCUUAACGAUUUCCAUCCACAAAGAGUUCGGUUGGGACAUCUAUAAGCAGAUGGGAGCAAACAUGCAACUCAAACGAGCUGGUCAAUACAGGGCCGUUUUUUCGAUCCUACAGAAAUUCAAUUCAUUUUUCUUCUUGGGUGCCAUGAUCCAAUAUGCGGUCCUCGGUCAAGACGUAGGAUGGAGAGCAGCUUUGACCUCGAUCACGGUUAUGCUGGUAUGCACAUUCAUCAUGGUUUCUGCAGCAAUAGCGAUUAGUCAAGAGAUCAGGUGGCCACUCUGGCUAUCCCACCUCGGUUCCUUUUGUAUGUUGGCGUAUGUCUCAUACCUUCUGGCCAAAGUCGUUCCCCAACCCCAAUUCUCCGCAGGCCAUCGAACCCUGCGAUUCUUCUUGAUUGUCAGCCUUCUAAGUCUGGUAUGUGUCAUGGUGGUCUCAGAGAUAUGUGCCAAAACAUUUGGGCUAGGCAUGCGUGAGCUUGGUCACCGUAAAUGGUGGAGACGUAAUGACAAUCUAAAGCUAGAACCUUUUUUUUUUCGCAACUCAUUCUUUCAUUUUAACAUGAUGGGGUUAUUUAAGAUGGAUGGGCUUGGUGUCAUAUCUUGUUGCUAAUGUCAUUUGAUUUUCGUUCUUCUUUUGCCGGGAUUGCAACUUGUCUUGUACUUAAUUCAUGUCCUCGCUAACUUCCUUCAUCCCGUGAAAUGAUUUUACCAUGUGUUCUUAGUCAAUUGCAU